AAUAAUAUUCAGAAAUAAAGAUGUGUCUCUCGCGCGCGCGCACCCAAUCUUUCGCCGGACAAUCGCCGGAGUUUCUACAAUCAAUCACCGGAGUCUGCUUUCUAUCGUUCUCGCUGAACCAGAUCGCGUUAUUGCUGAUGGAUCGAUCAGAGUUUUCCGAACAAUCACGGCUUUUCUCUCUUUCUCCCUCGGGCCUGGUCGGACAACGUCUCAUUUGCAUAAAACGUCCAUCGCCGCCGGCGAACCAUCGGAAGCACCAAACAACCUCGCUAGAGGACAAGUUUGUCGACGAGGACGUCUACCUCGAUGAUACCGUCAUCCUUGAGGAUGAGAACUCCCUCAUCCUCCGCAAUCGCACAAGCACCACGCCUUCACCUCCCGACUCUUUGGGUGGGCCCGCCUCUUUCUCCAAUGAUUACGCCUCCGCCUCGCGCAAUGUUGCAGUUGGAGAUUGAUCUGAUGGAUUGCUAGAGUUUAACAAAAACUUCAUUGCUCAGCUCUCUCUUCCUCUUCGGAACGAAGAAUCGCACUGAAAGAGUCGCUGGAGUUAUGAUCCUUGGAUCUAAUUUAUGGAUCUUUCCUGUAUUUUUUCUCUCUGUGUUGUGGAUUUUGCUUGCUUACUAUUAUUAUUAUUAUUUUUGUUAAUUUUUCUUUGUUUCUGUAGUUUUGAAACUUUGGUGAUAGGAACAGAUGAAGAUCAAAUGUAUAAGAUCUACUUGAUUUAUUAAAUGUUUAGACUGUGUUAA